AGCUCUAGAACAAGCAGCAAUGUUGAACUAUUUUAAAACUAUUUUAAAACUACCCUUUUUCACUUAACUGCAAAAUUGAAAGAAAAUAUCCAAAUACGGUGUUAUUAGUAAGAAAACAGAUCAUGCUACUAUGCUUUUUGCUUUGUAGUGAAACAACGAAGGCGUCAGUCGCGCACCCCCUUGUCAAUUUUCGCGCCCGCAAACCCUCUGCAGUUUAAAUGGGCCAAGUUAGAGAAGCGGCGGAGAGUGCAAAUCUUGUUUGGUCUGGGUCUCUGAACUAAAGCGUGACUUUAGAGAAAAAUACAGGGUUAAAAUAAUAUUUAAAAAGCCUAUAAAACCCCCCAACAGUUCCAGAAAGCUACUUGCGAUAAGCAUUUUUAAAACCAGACAUUUAUGGAUUUGUAAUGAUACUUGUUAUGCGAGAAAAGGGGGAGGAAAUAACUUUUAUAAGACUGGUGUAAAUGAGAAAUAUUGCACACUGCAGGUAGAACGCUCAACCCUAUAAAGUAGACUGACUCGUGGUGUUAUACGAAGGGACACUGACAAACAGAAUUAUAUAUAUAAACACCACUGGCCAAUUCGUAAGGAAAGGGAAAUCAGAAGGCUAUCAGUUUGAAAAAUCCUUCUGCCCAGAGGUAGGUCGAUGCGGGAUCAAUAAGCAUUUUAACAAACAUAAUGUCUGCGGCAGCAGGGACCUCUCCGAGAUGUCAGAUAUUAGUCCUGAGAGCCACAUUAAUAGGCAGGAGUGCAGCGAAAUCCACGGAGAGAUCGGAGCGCUAAAUCCUUUGGAAAACGAACCUAAAGAAAACUGUGCACUUAGAAAUGACAAACUCCUGCUGAACACUUUCUUACAAACUGAGCCGGUAGCCAGGCGUAAAAAGUGGCGCGUCUGGGAAGCAGAAACUGACAAACUCCAAAAAGAAGACGAGCAAGUUGGAUCGGAGGAGCUGCUGAUUACUUGUUACAGGCGUGUGGCUUUGACUAACAUGCCUGCUAUCAAAAAGGAGAGACUGGACGGGGAGGAGAUGGCUCUGGCUGCUUUUAAUCAGCCCAUGGAGACUCUGCCAGAAUACCUGGCUCCUUUAAAUGCCGCAGCUAUCCCGGUGGUGACCCCCCACCCGCCACCGUACGAUCAGAUUUUUGCCCAACACCGUGCUUACUUGGGGCUGCAUGAGACGCACCAUCGCCACCACCACCACCACCACCCCGAAGACCUGAUGCUGGAGAGGUUUUCGUCAGUCCCUGAUUUCCAACCUCUUUUCGACAACGGGGAGCACUGUAUCGAGGUGGAAUGCGGGGAAAACAAGGCUUUGCUGUAUAUCAACAAACUGUGCCAAGGCAGUAAAGGGCCAUCCAUCAGGUACAGGGGAGAGUGGCUUACCCCGAACGAGUUCCAGUUUGUCAGUGGAAGAGAAACUGCCAAGGACUGGAAACGCAGUAUCAGGCACAAGGGAAAAAGUUUGAAGACUCUUAUGUCCAAAGGAAUCUUACAGGUACAUCCCCCAAUCUGUGAUUGCCCUGGGUGUCGAAUUUCGUCUCCAGUGAAUCGUGGGCGCUUGGCGGAGAAGAGAACGAUCCCACUACCCCCAACCCGAAUCCCUAAGAGAGAGCUGUCUUCAAUCUUCAGCAGCGACGAGAGUGAAGAGAGUGAAAGGGCAAAUGGUGACAACACUGAAAUAAAACAGGAGGACGAUAUCCACAUCAGUAUAAUGAAAAGGAGCCGGGACAGUGAUCUUUCGACUAUCAUCUCCAACCUGCAUCAGAGCCGACACUUCGUUAUGCCAGAGAGCCAAUCCCGCAGCGAAAUCAAAAGGAAUCGCAUUGAUAUUGGCUCAGGAUCAGCAGAUGAAAUCCUAGGCAAAAGAAGAGUAUAUUCACCUAACAGCAGCAGCGAGUGUCCUUCAGAAAACAAGAAAUCAAGAAGUGUGUCCCCCAAAGAAAUCUCCCACACUCCUGUGCAUGAGGAGCUGGCGUUUCAGAUGACCCCUGAGGAACACUACAGGCGGAUGAUGUCUGCGUUGAACGAACAUGGAUCGUACGAGGAGCAGCAACAGCGCUUGUACCAGCUGGCAAACAGCAUGGGUGUGCCCAGCCAUGGAGACAUCUUGCGGGCCCGUCAGGAAGCAGCGGUAAGGAACUCCAAUGCCAUGGAAGCUCAUCUCCCUUCAGGCACCAACUCAUCCAGCCAGAGGAGAAAGCAGGGUCUGCCCCAGCACCGCGAUGCACACUUCUCAGAACGAGAGAUGUCACAUCCGCCUCCUUUGCUCUCACCACAGAACGCUCCACACAUUGCGCUGGGCCCUCAUCUGAGGCCUCCGUUUCUGGGAAUGCCUUCCGCUCUGUGCCAGGCACCAGGUUAUGGGUUUCUGCAGCCUGCACAGGCGGAGAUGUUUGCACGGCAACAGGAGAUGCUGCGGAAACAGAACCUGGCAAGGUUGGAGAUGUCAGCUGAGCUACUGCGGCAGAAGGAGCUGGAGAACUUACACCGGCAACGUCUGAUGGCGGACCCCCUGUCGCUGCACCCUGGCAUACCCCCGGACCACCCGGCCCUGCGCAACCUUCACGACAUCCCCGAGGGACACCCGCUGCGCGAGGAAAUCUCCCGCCGCAAUGCCAUGCUCGUGCUGCGCCACAACAACACGCCGCUGCUCUCCCUCAAUCACCAAGGGGUGGCGGGGAGCACCCAGCCCAAGGAGCCCAGCUCUCGAAAGGGCUCCCGAAAGGGGGGGAACUACCGGAACGAACUGCAGAGCCCCCCCGAGGCCAAGGACCAGCUGGGGGACACCCGGGCUCGAGACAGCGUCACGGACUGCAACGACGAGGAAAUGAAGGACUCGGAAAGCGACGCUGAAGUCGGCGACGAUAAGACGGAGGGCUUGCUAAAGUCCGACAGUGGUGCCUCUGAACACAAGGAGGGCAAAGAGACAGUGAAGCCCUGCGAGGGCAUGAAAGAGUUAAAGGAGACGUCUGUUGGUCAGAACGCGCCCUGUGGUUCCACGGGGGCAGAGUCACCAAGCCACCCCUUUGGUCCAGGAAUCAACAAAAACGAAGUUAAAUACCUGCCACCUGGAGCAGCACCCCCGCCACUGCCUCUGCCGUUUGGGUUUCCAUAUGCUGCCAGCCCGUAUUUCCACACUGGCGCCAUGGGAGGUCUCUUUUUAGACGGAGAGGAGAGCUCCAUUGUGGAGGACAUCAGCAAAUGGACAGUUGAUGACGUCUGCAAUUUUGUGAGCGGUUUGUCUGGCUGUGCGGAGUACACUCAGGUGUUCAGAGAACAAGCUAUCGACGGAGAAACGUUGCCUCUCCUAUCAGAAGAGCACUUGCUGAAUAACAUGGGGCUGAAACUUGGACCUGUACUAAAAAUAAGGUCGCAGGUCGCCAAGCGCAUUGGCAGAGUGCUCUACAUGACUAGCUUUCCCUUGGCAUUCCCACUCCAACCAUCUGCUCUACGCCCCCCAGAGCGGGAGCUGCCUCCCCCUGAGAACAGACCCUCCUCGACGGGUAGCGUGUCCUCUCCCUACAGCAGCCUACAAGCCAGUCGCAUCUCGCCAAAGCAGGAAAAUGGAAACUCUUCCUCGGCAGGAAUCAGCGACACCACAAAACCACCAUCUUAAAUCAAGAGACGGCUUUUCAAACUCCGGCCAACAGCAGCAGAGCAGCACUCGGAAAAAUUAAACACAAAUCAAAUCAGGUUUGUGUUUUGACCGAAUUCCUUUCAAAAUGACUUUCGUCAUGACUUUUUUUUUUUUUUUUCCCUGAGGCAGCAGCACAGGUAUAGAAUCCAAAA